AAAAUACCCAAAAAAAAAGUCCUGCAGUUUGUGGUCGCUCCGUUGUAUCCGCCCCACACGCCUCGCCCAGCAGCUCUCUUCUGCUCGCUCGCUCACACUCUUAACAUCAUUCACUACUAAUACUAUCUGACAGCCAUGGGAGUGCAAAAGAAGGAGGCGUACAAGCCCAACAAGGUUCCGGGGAACCUCAAGCUCAAGGGCGAGAACUUUUACCGCGACCGCAAGAAGGUGCAGUACAUCAACAUGCUCAAGGGCGGCAAGGCCAAGUACGACAGCAAGGGCAACCUGCUCAAGGCAGCGCCGUUCCAGUCGCGGGAGGCCGGGCCAGCGCGCAUUGAGCCCAACCGCAAGUGGUUCGGCAACACGCGCGUGAUCGGACAGAAGGCGCUGGAGGAGUUCCGCGAGCAGAUGGCGACCAAGAUCAACGAUCCGUACCAGGUGCUCAUGCGGCGCAGCAAGCUGCCGACCAGUCUGCUGCACGACAACACAAAGAUCGGGCGUGUCAACAUGCUGCAGACCGAGGCCUUUGGCGACACAUUCGGACCCAAGGCGCAGCGCAAGCGGCCCAAGCUCAGCUUUGAGGACUUUGAGCAGAUGGCGACACGCAUUACGGACUCGAACGACAACUACGACCACAAGAAGGACACCAACCUGCUGGCCAACAAGCAGACCGACUACACCGAUGCCGCCCGCGACUGGUACUUCAACGCCGGUACGUCGAAGCGUAUCUGGAACGAGCUGUACAAGGUGGUGGACUCGUCGGAUGUCAUCCUCCACGUGCUGGAUGCCCGCGAUCCGCUGGGCACCCGCUGCCGGCACGUCGAGAAGUACCUGAAGGCUGAGGCGCCGCACAAGCACUUGGUGUUUGUGCUCAACAAGGUCGAUCUGGUGCCGACGUGGGUCACGGCGCGCUGGGUCAAGGUGCUGUCGCGCGAGUACCCGACGCUGGCGUUCCACGCCAGCAUCAACCACUCGUUCGGCAAGGGCUCGCUGAUUCAGCUGCUGCGCCAGUUCUCGCGCCUGCACUCGGACCAGAAGCAGAUCAGCGUGGGUCUGAUCGGAUACCCGAACACGGGCAAGAGCUCGAUCAUCAACACGCUGCGGCAAAAGAAGGUGUGCAAUGUCGCGCCGAUUCCCGGAGAGACCAAGGUCUGGCAGUACAUCACCCUGAUGCGGCGCAUCUACUUGAUCGACUGCCCCGGAAUCGUGCAGUUCUCGUCCAGCGACACCGACGUCGACAUUGUGCUCAAGGGCUCGAUCCGUACCGAGAGCCUGCUCAGCCCCGAGGACUACAUCCCCGAGGUCCUCAACCGCGUGCGCCCCGAGUACAUCCGGCGCCACUACAACAUCGAGAACUGGGCCGAUGCCAACGACUUCCUUGGCGAGCUGGCCAAGAUCACCGGUAAGCUCAACAAGGGCGGCGAGCCCGAUCUCCAUGUCGUCUCCAAGAUGGUCAUCAACGACUGGCUGCGCGGCCGUCUGCCGCACUACAAGGCGCCGACCGAGUACGCCGAGCCGCUGGCCGACUACGAGGAGGUCGUUGCUCGCCACCACAAGGUCAACGUGACGCAAAAGUUCAGCAAGAUCCCGGUUGUUGCCGAGUACCUGCCAGUUGAUCUCGAGGGCGACAAGGAGCUGCGGCAGUCGGAGCGCGACAUGGGCUCAGACAGCGAGGCAGAGAACGAAAAGUCAAACAAGCGCAAGAAGUCCGACAAGGACUCGGACAAGAAGAGCAAGAAGGCCAAGCGCGCUGCGGGCGAGGAGAACGACAACGAGCCGGACUGGGAUGAGGUGUUCCAGAGCGUCGUUGGCGAGGAGGCUGAUGCUAUUGACUCGGAGCUCGAGUCUGGCUUCUCGUCGUCUGACAAUGACGACAACGAGAAGAGCGAUGAUGAGGAGGAGGCCUCUGAUGCCGAGGAAGCCCAGCCCGCGCCGGUGGAGGAUGGGUCCGAGGAGGAGAGCCCGCGGAAGAAGCGCAAGGCACCGCGUAUGACCACCAACAAGAUGAAGAUCGGCAAGCACUACUACCCAGAUGCCAACAUCAAGAACAAGAACCGCAACAAGGUGCGCCCGGUGGCCCCCGACGCCAUGGUCAAGCGCAUGCGCAAACCAGGAUCGUGGACCGUGUCCAAGAAGAAGUAG